AGUUUAGCAUGUUGUAUUAAUUUACCGAAUAUUUUAAACUUAUUAUUCUCACUAAUAUUAGAUUAAGCGCUGCGAAAACUGCAAAAGUUUUGCAAAGUGACACUACAAAAAAGCUCGUAAUGUCACACGGUCUCUGUGUGCUACGAUCGGCUUUAAAACCACAAUUUUCUUGCGUGCCUUCGAUAUACAAUGUGCAAGUACAGCAGCGUCGUGGCAAAGCACAAAAGAAGAAAGUUUAUAAAGUGGUCUACUCGAAGCGAAUGAGAGCUCGUAUCCCAAAGAACUGGAGAGAUGUGAACUACAAUCCAGCAAACAUUCCUUCAGCUUGGAAACCUGAUAAUUGGAUGAAGGAAAAUAUGGUGGAUUAUGAAAGGGAGGAAGAACUUGCAAAAUAUAUUCCUGGGUAUAAUAAGAAAAUACCUCUUGAAAUGCAAGAAAACUACCAAGAAAAUCCAGCAUUUUUGAUCGAUGACCAAACAGAGAUGUCUGGAGGUCUUAAGCAAUCCUUGUUCAUUACUAAGUCCAUAUUAGCUGGACCUGGAUUGCCAAGUAACGUAAUGGAACGUAUGGAGGAACAUCCUAUUGAUACACAAGAGUACACACAGGAUGAAAGGGUUAAACAGACUCUGCGACACGCACUUCUGUUUGAUAUUGACCCAAGAUCAUUAGACAAGGAGGCCAAAGUGAAAAUGUACAAACAAGAAUCUUACCAAAUAUAUUCCAAACCUGACAGAUAUGUUCCAUUAAUUAUGAAGAACCUCAUUCGAAUGUGUGAUGCUAAGCUUUCCCAUGUUAGUGAUUCCUUUGGUGACCGCAUGUCAGUGGAACAGCUACCAUCUAAUGCUACUUUUAAAAGAGUUUGCGACACAUUUGAGAACAAACUGCUUCCAGGAAUUGACACUGAAUGGAAUGUUUCUAUUAAUUCCAAACCAGACAUUCAAGUUUUGACUAAGAAACCUUUACCAAUGUUCGCAAAUCAAGAUGAAGUAAAAUCAACAUCAAAUACUUUGCUACCAAACCUUUACCCAAUACUACCUGUGAUUAACUUAAAGAAAUCGCAUCUCUACAACCCUGAAUUAACUACAGGUCUUUAUGAUAACUUUCCACGGCCAUACCUACACACUGUAGUCCUGUAUAAUAUUAACGGUGUUGGUGCAAGUGAAAUGUACGCAAAGAUGAACCAAACUCUUUUCACUGCUUUGUUUACCCGUGCACAAGACAUUUAUGGGCCCGAUGCAGAAGUGCUAUCUGAGCCACUGACAGGGCAGUGUAUUGCAUCUAAUGGUCAGUCGUUCCAGUUUAUGUGCAUGCAACUUAACACAAUGGAUCUCAGCAAUGAUAAUGGUGUCAAAAACAUGGUUUGGGUUGAUGAUGAAAAUCCCGAUGAUUUUCUGGAUGCGGUUGAUGAAGUUCCCGCAUCUUCCAUGAUGUAUGAAGAAUGUUCCCAUGCUACAUGGUGGUCACCAGAAUACAUCACCGCUUAUAAUGAAAAUGUUUUCAAACUUUUUAAAGCCAUUUGGUUGAAUAAUGUUGCGAAAUAAAAAUUGAAGAAUUGGUAUGGUAA